AUGACCAGCAUGACCUCAAUCUUCGUUAACCAUAGUGCGAGAUACCAGGUUGGAGAGCGCGUUUACGUGCUCAUCACGCUCCCAGAGCAGCAACGCGCGGCCUGGACAGAGGGCCACAUCGUAUCAGAGGAAGUGUGGAAGAAUACACGCUCGACGUCGAGUUUACCGCUCAUCGCGCUCUGGAGCUACGACUCAUUGGGUGCUGGCCCACACGCGUGA